AUGCUGCCCCCAAGCGAGAACUUCUGCUUCACCAAGUUCUCCAACCUCGACAAUUACUUCUGGCAUCCCGAGAGGGUGAUGCGCGUUGACCACAAGCUCGAGGACGCCAUCCGGCUGUGCGACACUCGCGAGUACUGCGAUACACUCACGGUCGCGUCUGACCUGCUGAAGGACACUGACAAGUACACCAGCCUCACUGGCGUCCCAGAAGAUGAAGAGAAUGUGUUCCUGGGCACCAUGGAGGUGGUCACGCGUGGUGGCUUCCUCACGAGCCCGUGCAAGGUCACCUGGGACGAGAAGGCCAGUGAGUGGGUGUGGGACGCACCCUCCUGGUUCCAAAGCAUGGGCUACUACACUCUCGGCACCUAUGUCGCUCACAAGCUGGAGCAGGCCAUAUGGAGGAGCUACUGGCAAGCUCACGAUCUCGACCCGCGCAAGAACCCCACGCGCCCGCUGGGCAAGGGCAAGGGCACGCGCGAGCGAAUGUACAAUUUUUCGCCCAACACACAGGGCCUGCACUCCAAGCGGCACCUCAUCAGCUUCUGGAACAGCCUCACCGCUGACGAGCGCCAUCGCAUCGUUGGAAAAAUGGGCAACAUUGUCGAGGAGGUGCUGAUUGGGGACAAGCGCAAGGAGGGCAAGGCGCUCGACUACCAGAAGCCACUCAAGACGCUGCUCGACCUGCUCGUUACCUUCCUCGACGAUAAGGCCAUGGAGAUGCAGGACUGCCUCGACUACCCCUCGAACAGCAGCCACCACUUCUCCGCCACGGUUCGCAACGACCCGUCCAACGAACCCCACUUCAUCGAGUUCGUCUACUUCUCGCCCAUGCACCGCGCCUUUGAGCCGUUGGACCUCAUCGUGCGGCGAAUCGGGCGAUGCAUCCAGUCGGGCUACACCGAGAAGAUUGCCAUGGACCUCAUUCUAGGCGAGGAGAACGACAAGCGGAAGCGCAAGUCGAAGAACAAGCAGAAGUCCAGCGCCAAGGCCAACGCCAAGGCGGGCCGUGGAGGCGGUGGUGGCAAAGCGAGGAAGCAGCCGGAUCAAGGUAAUCAGAAGCGACAGCGGGAGACUGCCGAAAAGCAGAAACAGGACAGGAUCAAGAAGAGCAAGGAUGUACAAAGAUAUGCGACCGCGCUUGUACGGUCGUACCUGCUCGAUCGAGUUGAGGCCUUCCUGGUUCGCUCUCCCGCUUUCCCACACCUCAAGACAGUUGCCCCCCACGCUGCGACGCCGAAGAAGCGAAAGAAGAAGAAAUCCAAGGGCCGAUCGCGAAGUGCCAUCCUGCAGCGGCCGGAGCGACCGCCGGAGAGCGAAGGUGCUUCGCUGGGCCAGGGUCAAGCCGAGGCGAAGGACGAUGGAGCCGGCACUGCGGAAGGCGGACCGAAGAAGUCGCUGAAGUUCAGCGACACGCUGCACAGGGGCAAGUCGGCCGAGCUCGGAAGGAGCCUUGAUGCGGUUAUGGAGGUAGCGGUGACCGAGGCGGCUGAGCUCAUACCCGUACGACGCGUGGCACUGCGCUCCAGCCUCGGCAACGACGACACGACAGUCAUGAAGCGACGCUACAGCUCCCCGGCGCACAUCCCGGACCACCAGCCCUCGAGCGGCGUCAGCAGCAGCUACGCGAGCAACAGCAACAGCUACUGCACGACCGACGAUGACGAGCUGAGCUACACAUCAGAGAGUUACUACUCCACCGACGAGGAAAGCGGUUCCGUCGAAGACCUCGCGUCGCCGCUCUAUCACGGGAGCGAGAUUGGGUCGUGGCAUUCGUCCGGGGAGUCUCUGCUUGCCUACUUGCCGGGCGAUCUCAGCUUGAACGCGGCGGUGAUCGCCGGCCACGUGCGGUCGAGCUCGGACACCUACUACGACAUCAAGAGCGACGACGAGUACUACUCGACGUUCACGGUCGUGUCCUCGCGCCGGAAGCGCAACAGGAACCGACAGAAGGUGGCCACGAGCGAGGAGGCCGAGGCCGAGAGCGAGACGCACAGCGAGAACGAGGUGGAGGCCGACAAGGAGGGCGGCAAGGGUCGAGGCCGCGGGCGACGACGGAAAGCGGUCAUCAAGCGGAGCAAGAGCCAGGAAUGCUGCAGCCGGAAGGAGGUGGACAAGUCCGCCGCCUCGCCGGCGAAGAAGCCCACCACGCCGACCGCCAGCGCAGCGACGACGACUUCCGCCAGCGCGCCCGAUGAGAGCCCGACCUCUCGGGGGGCGGUGCGAACGACGCGCAAGAGCACCAGCAAAUCGCUUCCGCACGAGGUCAAGCGGAGCGCGCCGGCCGCGCUCUUCCGCGAGAAGGUGAGCGGCAUACUGAACCGGAGCGCGCCCUCGUUCUCGGCCAUCGUCAAGGGCCUGACCGAGGAGAAGGGGAAGGGGCGAGAGAGGCCCGUUUUUGCUGUACAGAAGGAGCGCGAGGGACCCGAGAGGAAGGAAACGGUCGAGACGACGACUACGCCUACGAAGCCCGCCGUAAUCGCCACCACCGGCUCCUCUUCGGCCGUCGCCAAAGACCCCAAUAAGGUGAUGACCUACAGCGAGGUCGUCAACCGCAAGGAGAGCGGCGGCAGCGGCAGCGGAAGUAUGCCGGCUGUGAGCGUAAGCGUCAGCGUCACCACCAGCACCAGCAGCGCGCCUCAGCCCGCCGGCGUGGUGCAGCCGUCAUCGUCACCGGCGGCAUGGCCGCAGAUCAGCAGCAAGGAGGAGCGAACUGAUGAGGAGAAGCGCGCUGCUGUGGAUAGCAAGGGCAAGGAGCGGAUCUACGACGACGUGGAGGAGGACGAGCAGGUGGAGGAGGAAGGUGAGUUCGACGACGAUGAAGGCGACGAGUCGCCCACGGAGGAGGAAGAGCAGUUGGUCAACGAGGCGACCAAGCAGCUCCAGCUCCAGCUGCAGCAGCAGAGCGGGAGCGCGGCGGGUCGAGCCAGGAUCCGGCCCAUCCCGAUGCCGUUCACCAACCUCAACAUCCACGCCGGGCGGAUGACCAACUCGUCUCCGCCCUCGCCCUCGUCGCACUCCACUCCGCCCUCGCCCAUGAUCAACUCCCUAUUGCCGCUGUCGUCGCUCUCUCCGCCCUCCUCGCCCGACGUCAUCCAGCGACGAACCCGAGCUCGGGCACGAUCUCAACCGCCGACGAAAGAGGUUACAACGGUCACUACACCGCUCGCGGCCGCGCCCAACCCACAAAUUACCCACCGGCCACAGCCCUACCGGCACUACAAGACGACGGACAGUUUGAUUCAGCUGGACAAGCAGGGCCAGAAGCGGAAGGUGGUCGAGUCGCUGCCGGAGCUGCAGCUGGCCGACCACCUGAUUUCUCAGAGGAGGAACACCUACCAGCAGUUCCCGCAUCACUACAUGCGCGAGAACGGCGGGAGCGGGGAGAACAACUACCACACCGUCAAUCGGUACGGCUACAACUACAACCGCCCGCGGCUCUGGCAGAUCAUUCAAGAGGAGAGCGAACGGAGUCGCCGACACGGACUGACCGCUCGACUCAGGGAGCGAGAACGGGGCAAGGGGGAGCGUAUUGGCGCGCGAUCCAAGCAGUGGCGGGGCGCGGCCCCAUCGGUGCAACAGCAGGCCAUGCGGUACUCGCGCGUGAGCCACCUGCUCACCCAGUCGCUGUCAGACGUGGAGCGGGUCGUCUUCCUGCACAAGGAAAUCGAGGACUACGUGGACCACAUCGUCUCCCUCACCAGCGUCAGACGGGUCUACCAGGAGCUGAUGAUCUCCAAGAUACGCGCCAUCGUCGCGAAGCUGUGGAGCAACUCGCUGGUGGAGUGCUACGGCUCCUACGCCACGUCCCUCUGCAUACCCUCGUCCGACCUGGACCUCGUCGUGCUGCUCUCCCCGGCCAGCACGCUGCUCUGCGGCUACAAGUCCGUGGAAACCAACAACGCGGGCUCCAAUGACAACCUGCUUCGACGAGACUGGACGCACAUGCAGAUUUUGGUCGAGGAGCUGCGCAAGCAUGAUUGGGUGCAUUCGCUCCAGUUCAUCGACACGGCCAAGGUCCCUGUGAUCAAGCUGAUGACCGUCGCCGAUGGCCACACAAUUUUGAUGGAUGUGACCUUCAGCUUCUCCAACUCCACCUCGACGUCGUCUCCGCUUCACGCGUCGACCGCGGAGAGCCUGGCCGACCUGCCCUUCAAUCCCACCUCCCUGCUCCGGUCCAAUGCCAGCACGUUCGAGCACAGUGGCAUCGCUGCGUCGCACCUGGUGCGGAGUUACAUCCGUUCCCUCCCGGCGCUCACGCCGCUGGCGCUGGUGCUCAAGCAGUUCCUCAGCGAACGAGGACUCAACAACACCUACACCGGAGGGCUUUCGUCGUACUGUCUGGUGCUGAUGAUUGUGGCGUUCCUGCGAAUCAACAAGGUGCCGACGGUGAGCGUAGAGCAGGAAAGGCGGAGGGAAACGGGUGGUCGGGGGUCGCCGCCGCCGGCAUCGUCAUCGGCCUCGGCGCCCGGCCUCAAGGAGGAGGAGAACCUGGGGGCUGCGCUCCUGGGCUUCCUUCGCUUCUUUGGUCUUCAGUUCGACUUUGACAAGAUGGGCAUCUCCCUGCACAAUGGCGGGUGCUACUUCUACCUCACCGAGUCGUGCAACACGUUGGUGAUCGCCGACCCUUUCAACCCUGAGGUACAUCGGCACCACCAGUGA